AAUCUCACUAUUUAUAGACUUGUUAUUCCUCAUCAAUAAAAAGUCUGUGACACUUUACCCUAACUAAUGGAGGACAAUAUUGAAUUUUCGAUUUCUACUUUGAAAGUUGAUUUGGGAUGCACAAAGGGUUGUCCCACGGAUGUGACCAACAUGUUGCAACAACUGAAAGGAGUGAAAUCUAUAUCCAUUGAUCCAAAUCAAGGGAAUGUAACAGUUGUUGGUAAUGUAAAUCCUAUGAUGCUAAUCAAAAUUCUUCAAAAGAUGGGUAAAAAGGCACAACUUUGGUCUUUUGACAAAAAACCAAAGAAAAAGAGUGUUGGUUCUCAUCACAGACAGAAACAUCAUUCUCACUGUUGUCAUGAGAGUAGUAACAUCGAGGAUGAGUCUGAAACCGUUCAUUAUGAUCGUAUUAAACAUAGGACACAUCACUAUGAAAGGAGCAAGACAAAACAUGACCAAGAUAACAUGUUUGGUUUUGGUAAUCAACAUCAACAUGCACCACAAUCUCAACCACAGGUUAGUGGAUAUCAUCCACCAAUGUCAGGGCCCAACUACCAACAACAGUUCUCAGGAUAUAAUAACCAUCAUCCAACAAUGUCUUGGAACCAACCUCAACAUGUGACAUUUCCAAGGCCACCAUCAAUGUAUCCAAUAUCAAGGCCUCCCUAUGGUUACUAUGGACAAGGUCAUCCCUCAUGGCCCAAUUAUGGACAGGGUCAGCCUGCAUGGCCCACUAAUGAACAUUAUGGCUCAAGGUUGCCAGGAUACAAUCCCAUGAUCCACUACAACAGUUAUGCAGACAAUUAUCGCUAUACUAUGUAGAUUUAGAAUAAAUAUGUAGUUAUUACAUGUUUUACUAUGUUUUACCUUUAAGGCAUUUUUUUGAAUACUAGUUUUAUUUUAUAUUAUCCAGUUCUGUUACCAACGAUUUCAUUUGCUAAUGCUACUAAGCUACUUCUAAUAUAUACAACUAUAUUUUUCCCCCAUUUUUAGUGUACAUAAUUUCCAUUACAAUCAAUGUAUAUCAGUGGGGAAACAAAUUGUAUAAAUGAAUUUGAUACACUCAAGUAGGCGUGUCAGCGUAGUAUCAAAUAAAUU